AUGUCUUUUAAGUUUCCAAAGAGGCUGAGCAGCAAAAAGAAAAAACCUCCAAAGGACAAUGCCCAGGCAGAGGUUUUAAAUAUGCUGGGCCUGGAGGCCUUCUUGACUACACCACUGGACCCAGCGUCUAUGUUAGACAUCAGCACUUGGACCCUGGAUACCCAAGCUCCUCUAGAGCCCAAGGAUCUACCAAAUGCUUUCCUCCAACACCUUUGGCUGCUUAGUCCAGAUGCCCGGAGUCCUUUCUACAAACCUCCACAUGAUGUUCUGAACAAUGCCAACAAAUCACCCGAGGAGAUAAAUGGAGGAGAUAGCCAGUGUGCCAUCAACCCCCUUGAUCUAGUUACAGCUGUCUUUAUGUCUGCUAACACUUUUCUUCAGCAGGAGAUGACUGUGCGCAUGGUGCAAUGCCAGUUUGCUGUGCCCCUGGUCCUUCAAAACAUAAAUCCAGUAGAACCCAGUCACUUCCUUCUUUGGCCUUUGAGAGGUGUUGUGAGCCAAUGGAGAUCUCACUUUCCGGAUAAAGAUAAUAAGGUCUACGAAGGACAUUUGGCAAGCACAGACAUGCCAAUGAUUUCUUGUGUGAAGCUUGGUCAUUGUGGUGUCUCCAAGUCAAAAGUGCUAAACAAUGUUAUGAGUAGACUCAGAGCUCCCAAGGAAACAUUUCUCCACAGGGGGGUGGAUGGAGGACAGCUGCCCCGAAGACUCUCCAAUGGCCUGGUAGAGAUUGGAUGGUAUCUACCCAGUGGAGACACUGCUAGAGAUAUUUUCCCUGUCCCUGUAGUCAUCUCUAACCUACGUGGUGAUGCCAGUACACAUGAAAAAAACCUCAGUCUUCUAUGUCAAGCGUCUUCAGCUGUGGUUGUCUUCUGUGGGGAUCUUGGGGAGAAAGAAAAACAAAUUCUUGCUUCUUGUAAGGAUAUGGCAAGCAAUCUCAUAUUGAUUGACCUAUCAGACACUGAGCAAAAUGAGAACAGAGUUGUGGGGUUUGUUGAUCAGAACCUUGAAAAAUAUAUGGGGCUUCCCAGAGGAUCAGUGCUGCAAGGGAGAGCUUUGAGUGAAAAGGAACUGGCUAAUAGACUGUGUGAUACCCUGAAAGAUCUUUUGCCAGAUAAACUGAAACUUGUUACACUUGAGGGAGUAGCAAAGUUAGCAGAGGAUCUAGGCCUUAACGUGGAUGAGGGGGCAGUCUGUAAAAAGGCAAUGGCUACAGUGGAGAAAGUACUGAAAGGUUUAGAUAAGGGAUCUGAUCAAUUUAGGAAGAAACAGCUUCCUCUGCAGGGGGCUUUGUGGAGCAAACUGGCUGAAAUAGAAAAGGAGGAGAGAAAACAGAUAAAAGAAGGAAAAAACAUCAACCCCCAACUUCAAAAAGAAAAGAAAGUCAUCUUGAUAGAAUUGAGCAGCUACAAAAUGACCCCAGCAAUGAAGAUUUUCACAGAUGCGCUUUGCACAACAAAUAAAGGGGAGAGGACAUAUUUCCUUAGUUGGAUGAAGCUGAAGCUUCAGCUGAUGCAAACUGAAAAACAGAACAGUCCAAAAGAUCUAUUCACAAACCUGCAGACAGAAAUGGAAAACUGCAUGCCCGAACAUUCUGAUGAGCUUGAAAAUGCAAUCAAUAACUACCUAGGGGACAGUUUGUGCCAAGAUUUUUCCUUUAAGCAUCCGGAAGCCUCAUGUUCACUGCCUUUUGAACCUGAUCUGGCGUUACUGGGGCUUGAGCAUUUUUUGCGUGAGAUGGGCCUAAUUUUUGAGCUGACGCACAUCAGCCCAGGCAGUGGGAGCCAGAAUGUGUUGCGUCUCCCCAGCUUAGCAACAGACCUUCUUCUCUAUGGGAUUCCACUUGAACUAAUGGAUGGCGAUGCCUCAAACAUCCCCAUUCACUGGCUGGGCUGUGUCUUUGCAGAACUCAAACGCCGCCUACCUCAAAAACAGUGCAGGGUCCAAGCGCUGACAAACCUUGGAGUACAUCAUGCAAGGAACGCUAAGGUUCUUUCUGCAUUAUUUGGGGUGAAAUUUCCUGAAGGAAGAAAAAGAUCCACUAGAGGGUUGUACAUGGCUGCCCUGUGCCUCCCCAAUAACCUUAGAAAGGACAUGGAGUGUGAUUUUCUAUUAUUAAUUGAUGCAGAAGGUCUCUGCUCAAUAUCUUUACACAACAAAAGAAAUACGCUGAUCCACGACAAUGAGAUGGCCACUGUUGCAACAGGAUUGAGUGAUGUUUUAAUGCAGAACAUCUCUUCACAUGCGGGUAGCGAGUUUGAAAGUAACUUCACUGUCAUAGUCAAUGCUCUCCUACGCAUCAAAGAAUGUGGCUCCAUCCCCAUUUGCCAAGUCCUGGCCCAGGAUGAAGGAAUAAACAGCAUAUUACAAGCCACACAGUUGAGCCGUGUAUAUGAGAUGCUUCAGACUGAGACUGGGUACAGAGGAACUAACAAUUCUGAUAACCAUUAUGGAAAGACCACAAACUUUGUCAAAGGACCUUGGUACAAUAUGUCUCUCUCUGAACCAGUUGGUUCGCAGUAUAGUAAGGCUGUGUUAAACCUUAAGCAAAACUUAUUUGGGGCAUUGAAAAGGUGUGCAGCUAAGUCCAAAGCCACAGGUCUGCCCGAAUUUAUGAGUCGUUUGAUUGCUGUUUGGGAUGCAGUGACAGCAGAAUCAUUCUCCAUUGGUCUGCAAAAUACUGACAAAGCUUUAGCGUUCUCUUUAUUUUGCACAGAACUUUCCCAGUGGGAGGAUAGUUUCCUGGAACACAUGGAAAGAUGGCUUAUGGGGGUAACAGAGAAAAUCUUAGCCACAAAGGCAAAGGGUUUAGAUGCUGCAAUCCAAAAUGACCUUCCAAGUGAGUUCAAGGAUGAAGUCAGAGAAGAAGUCAAAACACAGGUGGACAAACUGAGGUCAAAAGCAGAGGCCUAUUUGAUGAAAGAGGACCUUCUUAAAAUGAAGACAUUCAUAAUGAGUAAUAUGGAUGACCUCCAGGAACAAGUAACUGAAGAGAUAAUACAAAGGAUGGAGACAGUCAACGAGAGCCAUUGUUAUUCCACGCAGCUGAAAAAAUUUGAGACAUUACUGAAAAAAGAACAGGAAUCUAAGCUACCUGCACUGAUAGAGAACAGCAGGUCAACUAAAGUUCUCUUUGAAGAUACAGAACUAGAAGAGGAGUUUGAGAGUGUGUGGAGUAAGACAUUGUCAAACUUUGACUUCAGGCCUUCAGAAACAGAUGAUAUUACUACAAGAGUGACAAAUAUUCUAAAAGAGAAUCUAAUCAUCCGUGGGCUCCAGAAACAUAUAACAAAACUUGAAGUCCUCGGCCAAAACCAGACAUCUAGCUUCCAAGUUAAUGAUGAGCACUUCGGAUACCGCAGCAGAUUAAAACAUAUGUUUGAAGACAACAACAGACCAAACAAGUUAGAAGCUCGACAGGUAGCAUGCAGAAUCAUAGAUGAAUACAAUCAGUUUGUAGCAGAUAAAUAUAGCUCACCAGCAGAUUUCUCUGACAGCUACAUUACAAAACUGUUAGAAAAUGUUGAAAAUGCUUUGAAAGAAAAACCUAUGGAAAUAAGAUCAGCUUUUGAAGUUGAUCUGAAGGUUUAUCUCUGCAGGGCUGCUUGCCAGGACUUCCAAAAACUACAUGACCGCUAUGCCAAAGACAGAGAGCUUUUGACAUGUCUCACUGCAACCAAGAGUAUGUACUUGGCUGAGUUUAUCUACCAGUUCAGGAAGAGAGACCAGUGCCAGAGGGUGGCUCAAGCAUUCACCUCAAUGAUCAUCAAAUCUACGGUGUUGGACUACAUCUACAGACCACUGGGGAUGCAUAUUGUAGAAGAGAUCCAAAGUAAAGCUCUGCAGUAUCAGUCCCCACGUGCCUUCCACCUAAGGUUGCUGGAAGAGCUGAUAAAAGAAGACUGCUUUGAAAGCUUCCUGGAAUAUUUGCUUCACUAUGACAACUUCAGACUGAGGAAGAUCCAAGAAACAGUGGUGGCUCACAUCUCUGAAUCAAACAACUUGGGAAAAUGGAGGCAACAGAGGCUUGGAGAAAUUAUAGGAAAGAUUGCGGCAGCAGUGAGCCAAACGGCAGAAGGUACCAAUGGAGUAUUGAGUGAUGCAAAGCCACUGUUGGAGAGAGUGUGCCUCACUUUAGAAAGAGACGGAGGUGUGGAUGUCACCAAAGCCGCUUUGGAUGGGCCUCUGUUUGAUAUCACCACUGAAUGGGAUCGCUUUAUCACAUGUUUAAUGGAGUUACUGGCUGCCAUGCGGUUGGAACUAGCUAAGGAGUUCUCCCAAAAUGGGGAUAUCACCCAACUUCUUCAGUGCCUUCCAAUUCAGCCCCAGGAAUCCCUCUUCAACAGAGUGAGAGGCUGUGACAAGCAAUGUCCUCUCUGCAGAGCCCCCUGUGAGUUAGAGGAGAUGGGGCAUGAGGUUCACCGGGCUCUGCUCCACAGGCCCAAAGGCAUGUUCCCCCAUGACUCGGACUCUCUUUUCUGUAUCAGUUGCGCUGAAAGCAUGACCAAGGGCAACCCAGACCAGAGCAAGGACAUGCACGACAUGUCUGUGGCAUGCAGGGUCCUCCAUUUACUCUACCCAGACUGGAGCAUCUCCCCUGAGGACCCAAACAGCCAGAUGCCUGAUGUUUACUGGAGGUAUGUGUUGGCGAGGUUCAAUGAGAGAUUUGCAAAGGAAUACAAGCAGGAGCCAGCAAAGAUUCCUGAGGAAUGGAAGAAGAUCACUAAGGAGGAGGCAUUGUACAGCCUGAACGAGGUCUUCGUCACUGGACAGUGCUGA